UUUCAAACAAAAAUCAUGGAUGCCUUCAACCUUUCUUCAAUCCUUUCGAUAUUUCUUCUUCUCACUUUGUUUCAAACCUGCACCAUUGCCAACAAAAAGCCUUACAUCGUUUAUUUGGGGUCGCAUUCUCACGGUUUGAGUGCUUCAUCGUUAGAUCAUCGACGUGCAACAGUAUCUCAUUAUGAUUUAUUGGGAUCGGUGUUGGGAAGCAAAAUGAUAGCCAAAGAAGCUAUUUUGUACUCAUACAACAAACACAUCAAUGGCUUUGCUGCCAUGCUUGAUGAAAAGCAAGCUGCAGAUCUUGCAAAAUUUCCAAAUGUUGUUUCGGUUUUCGAAAGUCAAGCAAGAAAAUUGCAUACAACACGAUCAUGGAAAUUUCUUGGAAUAGAAAAACAUGAAGAAAUUCCUUCCAACUACAUCUGGAAUGUUGCAAGAUUUGGUGAUGAUAUAAUCAUAGCUAAUUUCGACACAGGUGUUUGGCCAGAAUCUAAGAGCUUUAGUGAUGAAGGGUAUGGGCCUAUCCCCUCAAGGUGGAAGGGAACUUGUCAAAGUGACCCCAAGUUCCAUUGUAACAGAAAAUUGAUUGGAGCAAGAUUCUUCAACUUAGGCUAUGGUGAACUUAGUGUUACCUUCAAUUCUUCAAAAGACAAUGUAGGCCAUGGAACCCACACUUUAUCCAUAGCUGGUGGCAAUUUUGUCUCUGGAGCUAAUGUUUUGGGAAUGGGCAAUGGAACUAUCAAAGGUGGCUCCCCUCGAGCCCGUGUUGCGUCCUACAAGGUUUGUUGGCCAGCAGAAGCCAGCGAGUGUUUGGACCCAAAUACCUUAGCUGCCUUUGAAGCUGCAAUUGACGAUGGUGUUGAUGUCAUCUCGAUUUCUGUCGGUGCAGAGCCCAAAGAGUUUUUUAGUGAUGCACUCUCUGUAGGAGCUUUCCAUGCAGUUGAGCGAGGUAUUGUUGUUGUUUGCUCGGCUGGAAACGUCGGACCAACUCCUGGGACUGUAUCAAAUGUGUCGCCAUGGAUUCUAACCGUUGGUGCUAGUACCAUCGAUAGAGAUUUCACCAAUUUUGUGGUCCUGGGAAACAAGAAGAAAUUCAAGGGUACAAGCUUUUCUUCUAAGGCACUGCCAUUUAACAAGUUAUACCCUUUAAUCAAUGCCGUGGAUGCAAAAGCCAACAAUGUCUCCAAUAGCGAUGCGGAAGUUUGUGAGGAGGGAUCGCUUGAUCCCGAAAAGUUAACAGGGAAGAUCGUGGUUUGCCUUCGAGGGGGUCUUCCAAGAGUGUCUAAGGGCUAUGUAGCUGCCAAGGCAGGGGCUGCUGGAAUGAUUUUGGUUAACGAUGAGGAAAGUGGGAAUGCAAUUUUAACUGAUCUACACAUCCUCCCAGCUUCCCAUAUAACCUACAAUGACAGCAUAUCCAUCUUCCAAUACAUCAAUUCUACAAAGACACCCAUGGCUUACAUCAGUUCCGUGAUGACAGAACUGGAAAUCAAACCAUCCCCAGUAAUGGCUGAUUUCUCAUCAAGAGGCCCCAAUACAAUAGAAGAGUCAAUCCUUAAGCCUGAUAUAACAGCACCAGGUGUAAAUAUAAUGGCGGCUUACCCCAAUGGAGUACCAUUAACAAAACUACCAUUAGACGAUCGUCAAGCUCCUUUCAAUGUAGAUUCUGGCACAUCCAUGGCCUGCCCCCAUGUUGCUGGCAUUGUAGGCCUUCUCAAAACCCUAAAUCCCAAAUGGAGUCCGGCCGCCAUUAAAUCUGCAAUCAUGACAACAGCCAAAACAAGAGACAACAGUUUACAUCCAAUUUUAGACUCCACCGGACUCAAAGCAACUCCAUUGGCAUACGGUGCCGGACAUGUUAAUCCAAACAGUGCAAUGGACCCAGGGCUCGUUUACGACAUUACAAUCGACGAUUACCUCAAUUUCUUGUGUGCUCGAGGCUACAAUGCAACACAAAUCAAAAGAAUAUCGAAGAAGAUCUUUGUUUGCGAUAGAUCGUUCAAAGUGACGGAUUUGAAUUACCCUUCGAUCUCAGUAACAGGUCUGAAAACGGGCCAUGUGACGAUCAAUCGAAAAGUGAAGAAUGUGGGAAGUCCAGGGACGUAUGUUGCUCGAGUGAAGGCGCCAUUGGAAGUUUCUAUCAUGGUUGAGCCAAGUACAUUGCAUUUUACUGCCAUUGAUGAAGAGAAAAGCUUCAAGGUUUUGUUGCAUAGCACUGGAAAGGGCAACCAAAAUGGUUAUGUUUUUGGGAAAUUAGCAUGGUCUGAUGGCAAACACCAUGUUAGGAGCCAAAUUGUUGUGAAUUUAGGGGAAUAGGUUAGUUUAUUGGUAAGUAAUAGGGUUAAUUGUGGUAAUAGCAUAAAAAGUUUUCCAUAUUUCACAAAUAACAUUCUUUUCGAUGAAUUGUUUUAAUGGCUCAUUUUGAUGCAUAUCGAUAU